GAAAUUUAAUGGCCGCCAGCAUCGCCUAAACAACAAAGCAAAAAAAGGCGAAAUUUUAAGCUUUUAAUAUGACUAAAAAUACAGCAAGUUCCGAUUUAAGGUCUGAACUUUCUGAUCUCGUCAAACGAAGGAUCGAAGUUGCAGAAACACUAGCCAACCUAGAAAGACAAAUUUACGCAUUCGAAGGGAGUUACCUUGAAGAUACGCAGCUGUAUGGAAAUAUUAUCCGAGGAUGGGAUCGUUACUUGAAUAGCACUAGCAAGUUGUCAAACCCUACAUCUGACAAACGUAACAGAAAAUUCAAGGAUGCAGAACGGCUAUUCUCAAAAUCUUCUAUUACUUCCAUGGCGGCUGUAAGUGGAAUCAUUGAUUUGAAUUCUGAGAGAGCAGAACGAAGCAGUGAAACUGAAUCCCAAGCUGGAAUGAGCGGGAGUGAUGAAAAUAGCAGAGAUUUUCUCAGUUUAGAAGGAGUCAAUGGUGAUAAGUUAGGCAAAGUUUCAAAAUCCAGACAUAUAAACAAAAGAGGGAGCAAGAAAUCAAAGUUGAAGUAAUUUCACACUCAUUUUCCAUUUCCCCCACCUUCUGCUAUACAUGAUUCUGUGAAUGCUCUUUAUGAUUGUAUCAAUGUGUUCAAUGUUCUGUCUUUUGUGAAUUUCUCGGUUUUCUUAAUAAAUGCUCGAUUUAAAAAGCGCGA